UCUCUCUCUCUCUCUUCCGUAGAAUUCAGCUCUUCUCUCUCUCUUCUGUUGAAUUCAGCUCUCUCUCUUUUCUGUUGAAGUAUAUUUCCUGAAGCAAUUUUCAAAAGGUGAAAGCCAAAACGUUGACAGAGACUAAUCUGUUUUUUUGCCUGACCAUUUUGGGUCUCCUGCUUCCUCUUUUCUCUCUGCAUUUUAAAGAAAAAUUCCCUAACUUUGACCGGAUAUCAAAAACCCAAAGCAUGGACCCUUUAAAACUCCCAGCUCUCUCUCUCUGUCUAAAAAUUGGUGACAAUCUCUUCAUUACUUCCUGGGUUUCAGUUAUUUUCUCUUCUGAAGUUUGGUACAAGUCAGUUGAUAUUUUAUCACUUGAAUUUCGAACUUGGAAAAGGAUUUCUUAAGAAGUUCAGGUGAAUUUUGCAGACUACUUCAUGGGGCUCUUGUUCUUUCUAUUUUCUUGUUUCUCUCUCUGUGCAUAAAACAAGUAGAAUUUCCCUUUUUCAGAUUGUUGGUGUUGGGCGCCAUGUUUCUUCUCGGUUUGGACUUUUCUUCCAUUAAUUAGAGAGAAGAUUUCAAUUUCCCAACACUCUUUCUCAAAUUCAAUUUGCUAUAAAACACCAACCGAGGAAAUUGAAAGAGAUGAGAAAAUUGGGAUAGUUUCGCAUAUCACUGUGCAGUCUUUCUCUUGCUAGAACUUGGAUGAACUUAUUGGAGCUCUUGUUCCUCCGUGCUCUCUUCUAUCACUUCGUCAAACGUUCCAUUACAUUCUCAGAGAGGGUAUUUUCAAAAUUCAAGCCCAAAGACUCCAAGAAGAAGAAGAAAGAUAAUGUACGAGAAUAAGUUCCUUGAGACCCAAGAGCCUCCUCCUCCACAUUCCACACAAGAAACUGAAGACUCUUGCCCCACCCCAAACAGUGCACCAAAUUUAGUGAUGGGAAGCCUAGAGGAAUCCCUUAGACUACUGAAUUUCUCUUUAGAAGACCUCCCCCAAAACAACGUGAACGAUGAAGCAGCCCUAAGAAUGGGGAUUCAAGAGCAAAUUGGCUUCGAAUUAGAUCAAGAAAUCAACAGCCAAAUCAUCCAUGAGGUCUUGCAAGAAAACAAUGCAACCCAAUUGGAGCACCACCAUCACAACCAUUGGGAUGAUGCCAAUGUCCAUGACAUGGAUCUCCACCACCAUCAUCAUGACCAUCUUCACCACCACCAUCAAGAACACCAAGAUCAUCAGCAGCUCCCAUGCUUCAAUCCAAAUUCAUUUAGCAACACUCCAUAUAAUGCACCUGACCUUUUAAAUUUAUUGCAUUUGCCAAAGUGCUCAUCUAUGCCAUUCAACAACAGCAAUCUCAAGAGGAGCAGUUUAGAUAUAUUUGGUGAGAUCCCUUCCAAUGAUGCUAUAUCAACAAGUUCAAGCAUGUUAUAUGACCCAUUGCAUAUCACUUUUCCCCCACAGCCCCCUCUACUUAGGGAUCUAUUCACCACAUUGCCCCACAAUUACCACAUGCCAAGCCCUAAGGGCAAUGGGUAUUUUGGGGUUGAUGAAAAGGAGGGAACAAUGUAUCAAGAGGGUGGGGUUGAGGGGAGGCAGUAUGGGAACACAGUGUUGGAGUUUGGGAGGAAGAAUUCUAAAGGGAAAGGAAGGGGGACCAAGCCCUUCACUACUGAGAGGGAUAGGAGGGAGUACCUAAAUAAAAAGUUCAGUACUCUCAGAUCCCUUGUUCCUAACCCAACAAAGGCUGAUAGGGCCUCUAUAGUGGGCGACGCUACUGAGUAUAUAAAAGAGCUCCUGAGAACCGUUGAUGAGCUGAAAAUACUAGUAGAGAAGAAGAGGUGUGGAGGUGAUAGAAGCAAGAAGGUCAAGACGGAUGGCGAAAGUUGUGUAAACAUUGAAAACUCUUCUUCGAAGAACCCGGACGAUCAAACUGAUAGAGAGAGGAAGUUUAAUGGGUCACUUAGGAGUUCGUGGUUACAAAGGACAUCGAAAGAGGGGACUCUGGUUGAUGUGAGGAUUGUGGAUGAUGAAGCUAACAUAAAGCUCACACAGAGAAAGAGAAGGAAUUGCUUGCUCUAUGUAUCCAAGAUCCUUGAUGAGCUUCAGCUUGAGAUAAUCCAUGUCACUGGUGCAAACAUUGGAGACAACUACAUCUUCAUGUUCAAUACCAAGAUCCAUGAAGGUUCUUGUGUGUAUGCAAGUGCAAUUGCCAGUAAACUCAUGGAAGUUGUCGAUAGACAGUACCCACCCUUUUCUCCCCCAUUCUAGUGAAAUCAACAAUCAUUCUGUGAUUUCCAUCAUUUGAGCUUCAUUGGGGUUUCCUCUUUCUUCUGAAGCUUUGAAGAAAAUAAUUUGUGAAUAUGAACAAGUGUGUUUAUGACUAUGGUAGUGUGGAAUAUGAAAUUAAAAGGAUCCCCUAAAAAUGUUUUUUCUCUGGAAGGAAAAUACUUUCAUAUGGCUGAA